AUGACGUGGGAGGACCUGGAGAAAGCGCGAGCGGAGCAUGCAGUAAAGGAAGCUGCAAAAGCUGAGAAAAGGGCAAAAAAGACGGCUAGGGAAGCUAUGAAAAUCGCAAAAGCUACCUUACAAGCACAGGAUGCUGGUACGGGAGGGGGAAAGCGGGGCCGGAAGCGGACAGCUGCCACGGCAGAGGUAGAUCUUUUAGAGCCCAGGACCAAGGUUGCGCGGAUACAGAAUGGACAGGUUGAGACAAAUGAGGUUAGUACGGAACCCUGGAGAGCACUAGUAGCGCUUACAAAACAAUUCUACCUCUACAGCCUGCGCAAGCAGCCCUAG